AUGCGACUACCACCACUAAUACUAAUAUUACCAAGACACUGUUCGGAUAAUUUCAAAUUGAGUUUGACGCCGUCAAUACUAACCUUCAUUCUUCAAUCGACAGACGGCGACAAUCGGACCUGGGGCGUGCCGGGCCACGAGCACAUUCACUAUCCAACGGAUCCUCGAUCGACUCUCACCGAAUUGGGACCGGUGACGUCGGUUCAGCGGCGCCGAGUGUGGCAGCCGGUUGUUGAUAUUGUUUUCAUUGUUGUUGUUGUCGAUAACGUUAUCCUCUACGGCUCCGCCUUGAUUGAACUAACAAGGCUGACUGGAACAAAUCGAUGGACAAUCAGUUUGGCGACUGGGCCGGACCAUAAGGGAGAUUUGAUUAUAUUCAUCGCUUAUGGAUGGCACGUGUCCCGAUACAAGUCGCCAAAUGUUUUUCUGAGACCAGAGGCGUCUUUGAAUUCCAAGCAAAUCCAUACGGAUUGCAUUGUUUUGUGUCCUGUUCCCGUCGCCAAUCAGUCUGCAACAAAUCCAACGAGCAGUGAGAACAUUCCCAUCAUUACCACCAACUCCACUGCUACUAAUAAUAUCACUAAGACCACCCCCGCAGGCAGUAUCACAUCCACAAUCACUAAAAUUACCGAAAACCCCCUGCCCAAACGGUAUUCGGAACGAACUGACAUCACACCUACUCAGUUUUCCUACUGGACAAAUACGCUUGACAAAUGCCUAUCUCAGCCGUUUCCGUUUCAGACGGCCACAAGAAGAUGCUGCUCUUUGUUUCGCUGGCCAUACAGCCCCCGUUCUUUCCGUUGCAUUGUGCCCUUCAUAUUCUAUGUUUGUUGUUUGUUGAUGCUUUGCACCAACGCGUAUCGAGUGGAAACACAUGUCACACCGAAACACAUAUCGGGAUCACCUGAACCUAAACGUUUUGGAAAUGCACCAGAUAAGACUCAAUUACGUGCUCGUACACCAAACUAUCUAUUCCGGUUGCAUGAUCGUCACAUGCGUCAUUGGUGGGAUUUUGAUCAGUUUGAAGCGGAUCGUCUACGACAUCCCGUUCAUCGGAGCCGUACUAGUGACAUGAACAUAGAGAAAUGGAAUGAUGCCAGUCUAGGUGUGAUCACGGCUGUACGGCAUCAUCAACACAUAGAAACAAUAUCUGUGCCGGAAAUGUUGAUAAUGGCUGGUGGAGAAAGUUGUCUGAUUGUACUCACCAACACAAAUCGACUUGUCUACAGGUAA